AUGUCAGGACCCGAUUCUCCCGAUAGCUCCGUGGCACCUCGGGUGUCGCACCUCCCUCCGAUGGAACAUACCGUGGUGGAGCACGGGUUCCCGCACCCCAGCCCGUCGCUUCCAGAAAACGCCGACCCAGCUAAUCUGCCUUUGGGCGGCUCCUGCCAUCUCGGAUCCACCCAAUCCACUGAGCCACGGAAUGAAGAACAGUCGUCAGCCCCUUCCGCUUCCGUCGCAGCCAGUCCCACAACCACCAUUUCGACCUCCAGCCGACUCCCUCUGGGAGACGACGUCAACCACGAAGUAAAUCCGGGGCCGCCUUCGGGAAUAUAUUCGGGCGUGCCUUCUGCUACCAAUCUGUCAGCACAGUCCUAUGCGGAUGUUAUGCGAACUGAUGCGGUGGGCAUCAUCAGAGUCCCUGGGCCGGCCGAGUUCGAUCGCGACGUAUUAGACGUCUUGUCCGAUGAAACCGGGUCUUUCAAGUAG